AUGAAAAAGCUUUCUGAAAAUCCGGUGCUAAUGUACAAAAACCAAAAGGAGGAAUCCAGUGAACUAAACAAAGAAGAUUUCGUGUUAAUAAUCAUGAGUAAAUUCCAAAAAAAAAUGUUAAAAAAACUAGGUGCUCAAACGAUAUGUAUCGACGGUACUCACGGCACGAACCAAUAUAAAUACCAACUAUAUACGCUGCUAACUAUUGAUGAAUGGGGCGAAGGGUUUCCUGCCGCCUUUUGUAUCUCCAACCGCGAAGACGAAGCGAUCUUCAAAGUUUUUUUUUCUCGAAUCAAGCAAGAAGUUGGUGUAAUACAAACAGAUUUGUUCAUGAGCGAUGGAGCUGCUGCGUUUUACAAUGCAUGGCGCAUUGUAAUGGGAGAGCCCAAGAAACGUUUACUUUGUCUAUGGCAUGUCCACAAAAAUUGGGUACUGAAUCAAAAAAAAAUCAAAUGUGAUGACAAAAAAAAGCUUGUAAUGAAGUCAUUAAAAAGCAUCGCCGAAGAACUCAACGAAGAAGCAUUUGAAACGGAAUUCCAAAAACUCUUGACGGAUUUAGAUGCCGAUACAGAUACAAACGAAUUUGGGAAAUACCUACGUGAAAAUUACGAAAAGAUUAGAAGAAGUUGGGCGAGAUGUUAUAGACGUAAUGUUCCGAUCAAUACUAAUAUGAGCCUGGAGGCGCUCCAUCGAUCACUCAAAUAUGACUAUCUGGAUGGUAAAAAGUGUUUUAGAAUCGACCGAACUGUGCACGAAUUACUUUCCAUUAUAAGAGACAAACGGUUCAAUCGGAUUCGUAAGAUUGCAAAACAGACACCUUACAAGAACAUCAGUAAUAUCAAAGCUAGUCAUGCUAAAAGUUUGGAUUACUUGGAUGAUGUGCAGCCACACCUUGAGCAAGAGAAUACAUGGAUAGUAAAACAAUAUGUUGUUCUUAGACAACAAACGGAGAUAAAUUCAUGCUGCCGAAGGAAAUGUGAUAUUUGCGAAAUAUGUGUACAUACUUACAUAUGUACGUGUAAAGAUAACACGCUUAGCUUCAAUAUAUGUAAGCACAUUCAUGCAGUUGCAACGAAAUAUCCGAUUGGAGACUUGACUGCCGAACUUGAAAUGGAGAUCAUCGAAACUGAAUCGGAUAAUAUUAAUCUACCAUCAACAAGUUGCCGCAGCAGUACUGAUAUCACUAAUGAAGUUAUGCUGAAAAAUGGUGUAAUUUAUGGUAUAUUGAAAACAAAAAACCUAUCCCCAGAUGAAGGCGAAGAAAUACUGAAACUUCAAAAUAAAAUGUUGGAGAUAUUACGUAAAUCUGAUAAAUUUCCCUUUCCGAUUCAGUGCCAGGAUUCUAGAGGAAAGAUUGAAAAACAAUCUUACUUUCCAACUAGAAAAAUAUCUAAGAAGAAGCCAGCUACUUUACCGUACGUUUCAAGAGCAGCCAUGGAACUUAUACAACAAGGUUUCAGCUCCCAAAACAACGAAGUGGCAAUCAUACAUGAAGAGUUCGAUCAUCAGUAUAUUAUUGAAACUCCUACACAAAAUAAAUCUAACACAGAGUAG